CUGAGGGCAAUUAAUAAUUUCGACUAGGGUUUGUGAAUACCUAUCUAUCAGAAAAAUUGAAAGCACUAUCAGGAGUCUAGACGAAUCAAUACGAAAAUUUCCACGUCGUGAGCUUACCUACAUUUUGAACUGUUGGGAGUUAAGUUCGCUGAAGUCUCUCGGCAUUCAGUAGACGAAUAAUGUCUUCUCGCAAUAUACGCAGAAUGAUGGGUGGCAAUACCCUGCCCCCCCCUGACGAUGAUUCUGAUGAUUACCAACCCUUGUACGUAAAGGAAAGAGGAUCCAGUAAUGCUUAUGACGGAUUGCUGGCUGGCUCUAAUUCGGAAGCGGAGGAUGUCAAUGUAAACGACGAUUCGGACAAUUUGCAACCUGUUUUGACUAAUACUGAAAAGAAAAAACGCAAGAAGAAGAAGAAGAACAGGAGGCGCAAGAGGACAUCUGUGGAUUCUACUUCAGGAGAUUUCUCGCUCGAUGAAAUAGAUCGCUCUCUGAGGGAAGUGAAUGCAUUAUUGGGACCUCCAGCUCCCGCCGUUGCUGCUGCUGUCGUCGUUCAGACGUCUAAUCUGAUGGCAGUCCAAAAUAAACAUUUGGAUUAUACCUAUGAGGAAUAUCGCGUCUUUGGACCUUUGGAUGCUGACGAAGAGGGCGUCAGGCGGCGUGGUCGCCAGCCGUACAUCAGCCGGCUUGGAAAAAGAGGCUUGAUCGUGAAAACGCAACAUUUCGAAGAUUUCGCUAGGUUUGGAUUGUCGAUGUCCAUCGACCGUUGUAAAGACGGUAUUACUUACUUCGUCUUCAACCAUAGCGCAUUGUAUCAGAAGAGACAUCGCAUAUUCAUUGAUAUGGUGAUUAGCAACAGGAACAAUAUGGGAUUCCCAUUCGACGAUAUCCAGUACAACGUGCUUCCCGAUGAAGUACUUGAGAUUGCUGAUCUGAUGUUCCGCAUGGAUGAUAAUUCCGAAGCAAGGAAGCUGAUUGAGAGGGCCAUCUCUUAUAUGCAAUUUGUGUCGCAUCCAUUGUUCAAUCUCAGCGACGGUAACAUCCGCUUGGAAUAUUCCUGUGUUGAGAAUCGUGUUUUCCACGUAGCAGUGGUUAAGUAUCUCCAUAUGCUUACGAACACGAUGUUCCAUCGCACCGCCAUGGAAUUGGCCAAGAUGUUAAUGAACAUUGACCCAACUGAUCCGUUGGGUAUGGUGUUCUUCAUUGACACGUUUGCAUUGAGGGCCAGGGAACACCAGUGGCUCAUUGAUAUUAUAAAUUUGUGGACGAUUGAAAAGCGGGCGGAUCUGCUUCACAACAUGCAAUACUCAUAUGCCAUGGCCCACUUCCAUGUCGCUCACAGGAAGAAAGGGGACAUGACGCGCGCUAACCAGCUGCUGCAAAAAGCGAUGCUGAACUUUCCGACCGCGGUCUCUAAAAUAAUAGAGUUCACCCACAUCAAGCAGCAGCAGAUUCAGUCUCACCCACUGUUUACAACAUUUGCCGAGAAGACUACCAAUAUCAAUCUUCAAAAUUUGAUAACCAUUUAUGCCACCAUGACAACUGCGAAGUGGCGCGAGCCUGAGGUGUACAGGUGGUUCAUUGGCAACGCCAAGGAUCUCAUUAAUAAAUAUGAUAAUGAUCCUAAGAUACAGGAGCUUGCAACUGAAGCCGCUGCUAGGCGUAAAACGGUCUUUCAAAUAUGGCCUGACGAACUGAUCCGUCACAUGGUUAUCAUAAAGCCGAUGGAGAGACUUCUUUUGGAUAGCGUCAUUCCUGACGUGGAAGUUCACGGCAUCGCAUCUAACCCUGUGCCCGUGCCCAUGGCCAAUGGUAACGACCGCUACCAAUAUAAGUACAAGCCGCCGACCCCUGAGGCUGACGCCCCCACUGACAACCUGCUGGCUGGGUUCUUGAUGUCCAUUGCACCGGCAUUCGUUCCACCUCCGAAUCCUGAGCCCGUUGCAAGUGACAUGGCGGUCCAAGCGGAGCACCGUAACGUAAGAGCCGUACAACGUCGUGAACAAGAGGCUCUUACCCGUCAACGUGAAGCGCUUGCUCGCGAACGCGUACAGCUUGAGCGCGAACAAGCAAGGCUUUUGGCCGAACAAGAGAGGCUUGCCCGCGAACGAGCUGAGCUUGCGCGUGAACCUGAGGCGCGCAAUCCAGAUGGCGGUAAUCCUAACUAAUUUAUAAAGGUACAGCGGAUAGCUGAGCUCAAGCCCCAUUGGUGGCAGCCCCUCCUGACAGCGACGGGGAUCUCAGUGAAGAGGAGGAAGAUCCUCUGCUUAAGAUUUACAGAUGGUGCGUUUAAUGAGGCCUCGUCUAUCAACGCAGAAAUUAAUCUAUGUAUUUCGAUGUGCUGUAUUUGAUACUAUGUUUACAAUUAAUCAAUUUACAGUAAUCCCCCUGUACGUUAGAUUGGUUCCGCGUUAUAAGAAAACGCGUUGAAGGAGUAUGUCUGUAUAAUGCGUUUUACGACCCCGUAUAACGCGUUACGUACGUUAGUCACGUUUCAUUUUUCUGGCUAAAACGAGUUUAAAUCGACUAUUCAGGAUAAAUUGCAUUAAGAACGAAAUAUGUACGUUUUUUUAAAAUCAAAACUAAAUUAUGACCAUCAUAAAUAAAAAACUUAUGCAUUUGAACUACAAAACGCGUUAUAUGGGGAACAUCCGUGUUAUACAGGACAUUGAAAUCCGCGUUAUAUGAGAAGCCGUAUAAGUAUGGCAUGUUAUAGGAGGAUUACUGUAUAUGUCUAGGUAGACGCUUUCUACCUUAAGUAAUCAAUAUGUUAAUCAAUGACUGUCCCUUUCAUAUUAACGUCAAUGUUCACGUACGUAUAGGCUAUAACGUAGUAUGUACGAACCAUAUGAUAUUAUCUCUUAUUGGAGUGAUCGUAUAUUUGAUGUAUAAGUAAAAAUAUCUAAAAGAAUCUGUAAGGCUGCCAAAGCUCUUCAUUUGAAAUAUAUGAAUAUGGUAACAGGUAACAUUAACAUAUGAGUUGAGAACGGACAACGAUAUUAUUAUUGAUAAAAAAUGAACAAAUUUCUCAAUAAUUUGAUGAUCUUCUCAACAUUUCCUUUCAAAGCUACAAAAUCUUUGAAUUCGUCAUCUAAUCUAGCUUUUAAAAAUUACUAUUAAUUGCGUCCAAGACUUCAAGUUUUAAAACAUUAGUUCCUCCUGUACAGUAAAAACAUUUUACUCACUCAACCUGAAAGGAACUAAAGAUAUUUGGUGUAAGUCACUUAAAGUAAUUAAAUCAAUAAUAUUGAUAUACACUUAGUUAACAUAACUAUAAUUAUUGUAAUGGGUGAGUAUUGUGAUUAAUAUUGGCUGUGUUCUAAAAUUUACUGUACUUAGUGGAGUAACUUGAAUCAAUCAUACAUUCUCUAAAAUCCAAAAUGUAGUAGAGUUGGGCCGUUUCGUUGUACUUCCUCUUAAGUGAUCGAGUACAAUGAUAGUUGGCUCAUACUCGUGAACGGGUGCUUGUGGAACAGGUCUGUUCAAGCUAUGUGUACUGACCGAAUUAUAGCCAUUUAAUGAAAAAAAUAAUGUAAUGAAUACUAUAUUCGUCCUAAACCUAAGUUGUAAAAUGUGUGUAUUAUUAUAAUGAUCUACAAUGGUAUUUGAAAAGAAUUAAGUCAGAUUUUCUUGUCAGUUUCUCUUGGCACUAAAUAAAUUCAGAACUUACGGUAGAUUUGACUUAACAUAAUAAGAUCUAAAUGAAUGAAGUUAAAAAAUAUGCAAUUUAUAUUUGUAUAUGUGUAUUUAACUUGUUAAUUUUGUUUAUUGAACGUUUAAUGUUAUCUCGAUUAUUAUUUUUUUGAUCAAACGAUAAUUUUCUUUUGUUUUGAGAAUUAAUUUUAUUUUUGGAUCCUGAAACUAUCUAUUAUUUAUAAAAAAUAUGCAAUUUAUAUUUGUGUACUUAACAAAUAUUUGUUAAUUUUUUUUUGUUAAAUCUAUAAUGAUAUCUCAAUUAUUAUUUUUUUUGUUCAAAAGAUAAUUUUCUUAUGAUUUGAGAUUUUUUAUUUUUGUAUCCUUAAGCAAAACUUGAACUCCCUAAUAUACCAAAACGGUUAAUUAGUAUAUCAGUUCGUGUUCAUAAAUCAGAAUAUUUAACAAUUUGGCGAAGACAUUCACCUGAAUCCGAAGUUUUGGCCCAUAGUUUUACGUUCUUUACUUUCACCUUCAUUUGACUUAUAUUUUUUUUAUUAGUAUAGAAUUGCCGAAUUUCUUGACAUUUUGUUGGAGAAAUCUAGACUAAAUGUCAAAUAUAACUAUAAUAUAAAUGGAUGAGGACUGAUUUUCCGAUAAUAAGUAGUCCUUGAUGAAUUUUAAUCGGAGUACUUUUAGGCUUAAAAUAAAACAUAUUUUAGAUUAAUAUUAAAAUAUAGCAAGAGGUAUGGCUCUCUGCUGACUGUAUAUAAUGCAGUAUAAAUUACUUUUUAGGGGACCUAGUGUGACGUGGGGUGGGUGAGGAGGAUGAAUUUCAUGGCAUCACAUCUGAGUAUAAUCCAAAAUUUAUGAAUUAAAGAUAUAACUAAAAACAUUUUCAUAAUAUUCGAUAACAUUGCGUCAUAGUUACACCAGUCAAAGGAGUUUUUCAAUUAUUUAUUCAACUUUAUUGACCAAUAAAUUCCGAGUAUAGGUAUUCUCUAUCAGUCAACCUUAUGUUUAUUAUGUGUAUAAUUAUU